AUGCUGCCUCCGGAUGUUCCCUCGUCUCCAAGGUCCGUACUCAGCUCCAAUGGGCCGCUUAGCCCAUCGUCGGAGGAGUUCCAGACUAGAGUGUUGCAGAAUACGUUGCUUCACACAGUACGACCUAGUUUGGACCGGAUGCCGAGUAUUCAGCAUACCCUCAAUUCACCGGAGGAAAAACUAGCAAUUACACUCCAAGAACCUCCGCCAGAGGUAGCACAGCCGUUGGAAUCAAUCCAUGGCGCAAGCUCUGGUGCUCCAUCGAUAAGCCAGAGCAUCCAGAGCCGGAAAAGCAUCAAACUGUUUUCUUUGUUCAAGAACAUGACUAAGCAAUCGUCCGAGUCGAUAUCCGAAUCUCUAGCCUCCGAGCAAAUCGCCGACGUGCCGAAGAAUAUCUCAAGCUCUCCGAUAUCCAAAACGCUGACUUGGUUCACCAACAAAGAAGAUCAAAGGUCUACGGCCACAGGCACAAGCUGGUUCGGCAAGGCCCCUUGGCACCGUAAAGACUCCAACGACACCAUCAGCAGUGCCACAAGUUCUGUUCGAGACUUUUUGGCAGGAAAGACCCCACCUGUCACGCCUGAUCCCGAGGGCUUCUUGAGUCGCCAACAAGACUCUACCCUGACGCCGUACCCUGCUGGAGAAGCUACAAGGGUGAGAACUCCGCCAACGCACGAGGACACCGCGGAUGGAAAGCCACGAGGCUUUUUCACAGACAUGGUUCCUUCUGGGGAAGACAGUGAUACCUGGGACGCUGCUCAACCGGCCAGAUCUACAAGCGUUAAACGAAACCAAACGAGAUGCGACGACAAUCUCCCAAAAAGACCCAAGGAGUGGUGGGAAGCAAAGCAACGAAUACAACCCAAGCGGAGACUAACAGGACCUCGCAAUUUCGAAUUUGAUCUUCCGGAGCACCUACCCAGUAGUCCAAUGUGUCCGGCGAACCCUAAACACGUAUCGGGUGGUACUGGGGUUUGUGUUUAUCAUGGGAGAGGGAGGAAAGAGUCAACACUCAAGAUAGAACAUAAAAUGAGUGACAGACGCCAAGGAUCAGAAGUGUCUAUUACCUCGGAGACCGAUGAGAGAUCAAUAUGGGACUGA